UUAAGAGCUAAAGUCCACAACAAAGCUCCAAGUUUUUUGACUGAAGAUGGCCGAGUCGCCCGUGUUAUUAAACACAGAUGUGGUCGCACGUUUGCUCUGCUACGAUGAUCUGAUUCCCAGGCUGGAGUCUGCCAUGGGAAAGUUUUCCAAACGUGACAGUUCGGAAAUAAUUCAGCCUGUGAGAUCAGUGGUCCCCAUUCACAAACAUGAUGGGUUUUUGGGUCUGAUGCCUGCAUAUAUGGCCGCUGAGGGGAUUUUAUGUACUAAGAUGGUGGCUUUCUACAAACGUGCAGAGGGCUCGAGUUUACCAUCAACUCAAGCCACCGUGUUACUGUUUGAUCCGGAGUAUGGUAAUGUUACAGCGAUUAUGGAUGGGGAGGCGAUCACAGCCAGGCGAACAGCAGCAGUGUCAGCUAUAUCAGCUAAACUGUUACAACCUGCUCUGUCAGAGGUGUUGUGCAUCCUCGGUUCAGGGCAACAGGCUAGAAGCCAUUAUGAUGUCUUUACAAAGGUUUUCAAGUUUAAAGAGGUCCAUGUGUGGAGUCGAAGGAGAGAAAUGGCUGAGCAGUUUGUAAAUGACCUCAGAGGCCUUGUGACAGUGUGUUCUUCAGUGAAGGAGGCAGUGAUGGGAGCUGAUGUAAUAGUCACUGCCACAGGUGCAAGUGAACCCAUUCUGUUUGGCGAGUGGGUCAAACCAGGUGCCCACAUUGCAGCGGUUGGUGCUUGCCGGCCAGACUGGAGGGAGCUGGAUGAUGUCUUGAUGAGAGAGGCGUUGGUGUAUGUGGACAGCAGAGAGGGUGCUUUAGCAGAGUCAGGAGAUAUCAUUCUGUCUGGAGCUCAGAUUUUCGCAGAGCUUGGAGAAGUUAUAAAUGGAUCCUUUCCUGCUCAGCGUGAGAAGACUACAGUGUUCAAGUCACUGGGUAUGGGGAUACAGGAUGCCGUCACAGCCAAACUUGUGUUGGAGAAGUGGAAAAGUGAACAGUUAAGGACCAAAAAUACAGCUUCCCCAGAUGAUUGAAAGGGUGUUUUCUUGCCUGAUCAUAAGAACAUAAUGACCUCACUCUUUACAUACUCUUUUAAAGGUUAACAGAUUGGAAAUUACUUUAAAAAAGAAUUUUUCAUAAAAUACUCUAUAUAAGGGUUUUAAGCAUUAAUCCAAACCAACCAGCUCCAAGCUGAAUCAAAAUUAAAUUUUUUGAUUUGAAGCAAAAAUAAUUAUAUUAUAUAUAUAUAUAUAUAUAUAUAUAUAUAUAUAUAUAUAUAUAUAUAUAUAUAUAUAUAUAUAUAGGGAGGCCAACUCUUUUGCAUCAUUGGAGUUGAUGGGUGCUGCAGAGCUCGUCUGCACGUUUGUUUGACGCGACUCUCCAAUUGGCGGAUCUUUGUCUGUUGGAGAAUGGGUAGUGUACUUCUUCACCAGGAAUUACACUAUUAAACACAGUUUAAUAAAUUGUUUUUAAUUUUUGUAAUAAGAAUGCAUAAUAAUAAUGCAGCGUUAAAAAUCUAUUUGCCUAGGAAAAAAUAAAUAAAUGGGAUCUUUUCUUUCGUAACCAGACUGUUGCAUUCAAUAAAAGCAAUCUCUUCUUGGUAAAUGAGUUUUUGCAAUGCAAUGAGCAAAAGGAAAUUGUGUUGGUCAUUUGGUUUCUAUUUCAGCAGCAUAAUGCAGGGUACCGCCCACAGUGAAAUCUCAUUGUUCCAAAAUCCAGCUGUAUAUUAAACAUAAAAUGUUUUAUUUGGCUGUGAUUGACAUAUUGAGCAGAAUAUUUACUUUCACUUUAGACAUAUAAACUACUUGCGGCUGGAAUCUUGUGUUGUGUCUGGUUAAGGAAUAUCCCUGAUUCAGUAUACAAGUUAAGCUCAAUUGACAGCAUUGUAGCACAAUGUGGAUUACCAAAAGGAAAUAUUUUUGAUUCAUCCUUUGUUUAUAUAAAAAUCAUGGUUUCAGUAAGGCAGUGGAAGUGAAUGGGGCUUGUCCAUAAACAUUAAAAUACACAUGGUUUCAAAAGUAUAGCCAAAAAUUUCAAACUUACACUACACAGACUAUAGUCCUACUGCAGCCUUUUUUCUGUUCUUGGCUGACAGAAGUGGAACCCGUCAUGGUCUUCUGCUGUUCUAGCCCAUUCGCCUCAAGGUUUGAUGUGUUGUGCAUUCUUAGAUGCUAUUCUGCUCACUACAAUUGUACAGAGGGGUUAUCCGAGUUACUGUAGCCUUUCUGUCAGCUCAAACCAGUCUGGCCAUUCUCUGUUGACCUCUCUCAUCAACAAGGCAUUUCUGUCUGCAGAACUACUGCUCAUUGGACGUUUUUUGGCACCAUUCUGAGUAAACACUAAAGACUGUUAUGCAUGAAAAUCCAAGGAGAUCAGCAGUUACAGAAAUACUCAAACCAGCCCGCCUGGCACCAGAAAUCAUGCCAUGGUCAAAAUCACUCAAAUUAAAAAACAUUUCCCCAUUAUGAUGGUUGUUGUGAACAUUAACUGAAGCUCAUAACCUGUAUCUGAAUGACUUUAUGCAUUGCACUACUGCCACACGAUUGGCUGAUUAGAUAAUUGCACGAGUAAGUAGGUGUACAGGUGUACCUAAUAAAGUGGCCACACCGUUUGUUAACAUGACUCUAGUAAGAUUAAAUCUCUGUCCUAUAUCAUUUGUUUUAAAAUUGCUCAUAGGGUUUAUGGCUUUGCAUCAUCAUGUCAGUGAAGUUGUAAUAUUGGAUAUAACUUUACACUGGUAAGUUUAGCAAGCAAUUUUUCACACUAAAGUCAUGGUAACACGUAUAACGUUUAUGCCGUGUGGCGAUAUUUUUGAAACAGUGCGUAUUUUAUGAACGGUUUCCAUUCACUUUCAUUGUAAGUGCCUUACCGUAACUGCAAUUUUUAAAUUAACGAGGACUGA